GUGAAGAGCCUCUCAGUGUUGUGCUGACCAUGUGAGGUGUGUACUGCGCGUGCUCCUGCUCCAGGGCAAAUGUGAGGCACUUCUUGGAUAUUAACUUAAAAACAGGAGAAUACUUUAUCAGUGUCCGUAUGUUUGGUGUGUGAGGACGGAGUGUAGCGAAGACAAGCAUCCGUGGACACUAUGGACGUACAGGGACUAAGGCACCUGCAGGCGCUGCGGAGCUUCAUCGGCAACCUGGUGGACCAGGCCGAGCGGGCUGGGGGCUGCGACUGUCAUAAGCCGCCCUCACUCCUCCUGGUCGGGCCCCCAGGCGCCGGCAAGACCUACCUGGUGAAGCAGAUGAGCAAUGUGUGCGAGAUGCCUCUGUACGGCGUCCACACCAACCAGGUCCGCGGAGCACCAGCGGUUAGGAAGCUGUUUGAGCAAGCCAGAGACAACUACCCGUCACUAGUCUUUAUGGACGAUGUUGACUCCAUCUUUUCCAACCACGAUGAAGAUCCCGCAUGCUCGGCCUUAAUCCAGUCCAUUCGCGACGAGCUCUUCGUACAGCUGGGGCCUCGCAAGCUCAAAAUUGUCGACCCGAAAUCGGCGAAGAAUCCGACGGAGAGCUCGAGUGACAGCGAGAGCGGAGGCGAUGGUCGAGGCGGGAUGAAGAGUGUAGGCGGGUCCAUUGGUAGUCGAACCUCGACGCUCUCCAGACCUCGUCCCUCGGCGCCGCCUGACGAAGAUGACGACGUUGUGGACGAGGAGGACUCCCAGUACCCUGAUAACAAUGGCAUCAUCGUCGUGGCCGCCACCAGCACCCCCUGGCUCCUCUACAAGGACCACGAGCUGUUGAGCAGGUUCCGAGGGGUGUACCUGGUGGGGCUGCCAGACAAGGGCACCCGCUACAACCUCCUCAUGUCCCUCUUCCACGACGUCCACCACAACCUCUCCGAGAAGGACAUCAUGGUCGUCGCUGACAAGACAGAGGGGUUCACACCCGCCGACCUGAUGGUGGUGGUGAAGACGCUCACGUACAGGCAGUUCUCCUUCCUGUUGUCCAUGGCCUCGGCUCACGCAGGCUCUGUGGGCUCCUCCAGCGACGUGGGCUCCACAGGAUCACACACACCACAGUCUUCAGAGUUAUCUGAGACAGCAUCAGAAUCUGACCUCGAUGGAUUACCAGAGUCAGAAGGUCACAUGAAGCGACGUGUUACAGCAGCAGCAGCAGCAGCAGCAGCAGCAGCAGCUGCAAGUCCUGCUAGUGGGGCUGUCCCAAAGAAGGACAUUAAACAGUCCAAUAAUGGAAACAAGAAGCCUUUGACAUCAGGUGCAAACAUCACUGCCCUUGGUAAAGAUUGGGAUUCCGACUCCGAUGUGGAAGAGGUAGAAGAGCCACAUGCAACCCCUGAGAGUCAGCGGGAUGAGCCAAAGAAAAAGAAGAAAAUUGCAGAGAAUGCCAGAGUACCGACUCGUGUCUUGGAGGAUUCAGUGUUGGUGUCUAAACCCAAUGAAGAAAAUAGUCCUGACAAAGGCUUAAGGGAUCAGAUAUGUGUGCCAUCCCCAGAUUCUGCCAUCGGUCUGUCAAAGAGUAGUGAAGAGAUUGUUGAAAAAAAGAAUCCAAGAAGAUUAGAGAAGGUAAAUGCAGCAGGUCGAACACCAUCAGAGAGCAGUAGUAGUGGAGUGACAUCUUCGGGCUGUGAUAGUAGUGAUAGCAGUGCAAUAGCUGAGGACAGAGUGCGAGCAGCAGUCAGAAACCCACCCUUAAGCAGUGACAGUGAAACAGAUGCGUAUGAUGCUGUGAACAGUAGUGCUGAGCAUGGAGAGGAAAGGACUACUAUGAAAUCUCCUUUAAAACUUUCAAGUGAGAAAGCUGUUAAUGUGAACAGCACAGUAAUAGUGAAAGAGAAGGAGAAAUAUAAGUGUAGUGAUGCUCAUGAUGCAAUUGAAGAUUGUGAGGAAACUGUAGAUGAAAAAAGUGGAAAUGUUGAUGAACGAGUUGGGACGCCGAUAGAGUUUGAAUUACAUUAUACUGAGCCUCCUGAGCCCAUGCGUGAUGAUAACUGUGCCAUUGACAGUGACAGUGACAAUGAUAUUUCAGAAACUCCACGUUCAAGAGGAGGGCGCCGUGUUGCUUUCUCAGGUAUGUCAACAAUGGAGCCAUUAUCAGUGGAUGUUGGUGAUAACUGUGGGCCUCCCAAUGUAUCAUUGGACGACCUACCACCAAAUAUAACACUGGCACCUUCAAACCUUCCCGAGCCAAUGCUUGUCGAUGAUGAUCACCAAGAGGCGGCACCUAAUGCCAUUCUUCUCAGCUUGCUAUCACGACCAUCUCCAUCGCGAUCGGAACGUCGUGACCAUCGCAUUGACGAUCCAUCCGAUCUCACAUCCUUCCUGCAUCCUGAUCCAGAUCAUGAUGUAAACAAGACAUCUACCCCAAUUGAAGCAUUAGGACCCAUGUCACACAGUCCAAGUCUGACACCAACACCAACUCCAACACCCAGUGAAGGAUCAAGCCAUAAUGGAACUGUUGGCAGCUCCGGGAGUGGCACCCAUGCCUCAGCAGGCUCAACCAGCAGUGAGCAGGUGCACAAGAAAGAGGACAGUGACUCAUCCUUUGAUCACAGUGACGGGCACAUCGUACCUUCUGAUGUGUCUACUGCAACCUGCAAUGAAACUGGAGAAACUAUGGAAUGCCGCACAGACUCCGAUGAAAGAUUACAAGAAUUGGAAGAUGGUCACGAUCGGCCAGACUCGGCCCAUGCCAGUGACUAUGACACUCCUACUGAAGCAAAGGCAGUGGUUGGUGGGGGACUAAGUUCACUCCUCAACCUUGAUGAUCUUGGUGAGAUCAGCAUCCAGCUUAUCACUUUGGCUGAUGUGCUCGAGGUUGUAGCUAAAGGCUACAGGAGUGUUACAGAUGAAGAAAUUAAGCGGUACACAGAUUUUAUGGUCUGGUUUUCCAAUGUGGCCAAAUCUGCCUGCACACACACUAAGGAAGGUUCUCACAAAGCCAAUGCACCUCUUCUGGAUGAUAUUAGUGUGGACUCCACGAUUUAUGACACUCCAAGUAUUGCCAAGAAGAGAAAGGGUCCUCUUCGCAAACUAGGCCGAUUUCUUUUGAAGGCUUUGAUGUUUAUACUUGACUAAAGACAAUAAAGUUACUGUUGGGAAAAAUAACUUAAUAGUGCUUGGGAAUUGUGAAGGACUUACUUGGUAUAUACUUUGCUAUGAAAAGCUGUCCUAGUGUCGGUGGGGACUGGUUGUCAAACAUCUUGGCCUUGGGUUGUCUCCUUGACCACUAAAAAGCCUGGCAUAAUGCUCUCUCAUAUCUUUGCAAAUAAGCAGCUUAUCUACACUUGCACUAUUUCUUAACUGGCAACAAGAGUUAAGAAUAUGCAUUUGCAGUGAACUUUGCCACUACAAGUAACAGUAAACCUGUGGAACAUGGAAACUGAUGAAUGCUGUAGUGCUGGAUCAAAUGUCCAUAGCCAGUUUUGUUUACAACACAACCUAUUGCUUUUGUGGUAAAGGCCAUAAGUAGUGCUUAGUUAUGAAGAGGGUAGAGUACCAGUGCUGGGCUUUCAUGACAGUAGUGCAAAGUUUGUGUACAUAUUAGUUUACAGUUAAAGGAGUUUAAAUUAUAUUAGCUACAAGAAACAAAAAAUGUGAACCUUUAAACUGGUCAGACUUUGGCAGGGGGAAAUGUAAGUUGUGUAUCAGGUGACAUGGCUCAAGUUGCUCACAGGUUUCCCAGGGAGUGAGACAACAAGUGAGUGAAUGUCUAGUUGGCCGACGUAUUGAUGAAGUUGCAUCUUUAUAAUACUGUAUUUUAUUGAAAAUACAGUGAAAAACUCUACUAAAUAUGUAAAUAAUUCAGUAUAUAGAAGGUAAAUAUUACAGGCUUCUAAUUGGUAAGAAAAGAAAAUAGACAUUCAAUGAAUGUCUGAAAAUAAGCUUUCUUUGGGAUAUAUUUGCUUGCUUGCUCUGUUACUGGCAGACAUCCAGGUCACUUACUCUUCUGACAAGCUGCUUUAUAAGUAUAUCAAUAUGUCUGAUGUGUUAUUAGCAAAGUUUCCUCAACAUUAUUUAGCAAUGUAACUACACUAUUUUGUUGCAGAAAAGUCUAAAAAUGUGAAAUUCUCUACAAAAAGAACUUCAACAUUCCGAAAGGAAAUAUUAACUACAUAUGGGAUGAUAUAUAUAGACUUCUUUCUAUACGCAUAAAUGUGUACCAACAUAUUCCACUGUAACUUAAGGAGGAUUUCUGUUUUUUAGAUUAUUUAUAUUUUAUUUUUUAUGGUAUUUUUCUGAUUUUCCUUAGUUAAUUGAAAGUGUUCAGGACUUUACUGUGCUCUUUAAUUACCGUGGAAAAGCAAAUGGUGUGCAUCUGUAUUUGCCUUUGUGUGUUCAAAUAAGUCACAACUCAAGUUCCUCGUUUUUACAUUUGAAAUUAUAUAUUUUUGAUUGUUACAUUGAUAGUGCAUUAAAUUACCUUUUAAGGGUUACUGAAGGUGAGAUGAGAGUAUGAACAUGUUUCUUUGAGGGGUAAUUAAUGCAUACAUUUGUGUCUAUUUGAUAAAUUUGUAGAAUACUCAAAUAUAAAUUAUAGUUUACCAGCAAAGCAUUUGAAGAACUUUCUUGUUGGAAAGCGUUAUAUAAUAAAUCUCAUGCCAAUCAAGUACCGUAACAUUUGUGACCAGUAAGACAAGCCCACUUUUGAUAACAUUUACGACAUGCAAUUUCCCCUCGAGGAAACAAAAUUUGUUAUUCCAAAGUAACUGAAACAUGGGUAAGUUUUUGCGAAAAUAGUAUUAAUAUUUAAGGAUAAAACUUUUGUGAUUACUGGAAAAGGUAAAAAUACAAAUGCAUUAUUCAAA